AUGUUUGCUCGCAGGCAAUACGUUCGACAAGCCGCUCACUUCAACAUCGGUACGGCCUCUCCAAUGGAUGAAUUGGUUGACGAAAGGGAAGAGCAUUACCGAAAUGUGAAUGAAGAACUUAACGAAAAGGCAUCACGGCUAAUAGAAGAAGCCAAUAGCUUAAUUCAUAAUGUGACAUUGUCGGUCGCCACGCCAAUAUCUGACCAACCAUCAACAGUGGAAGCCUCACAGCCAAAACCAAAUGUCUCCACAGCGGAAGCUGACAGUUGCGGUAACGUUUCAAAUGAGGAUCACUUGCCUGAGGUGAUUUCUAAACUCGGAACGAACGCGAAGACCCGGUACCUAGUAGCAAAAGUGCGUGUACUGGAGGAGGAGAAUGCGAAGCUUCAGGUGGAGGUUCGCUCUUCGCAUGACGAAAUCGCAAAACUCUCAAGUCAGCUGCAGGAGGUGAGUCAGGAGAGGGCCCAGCUGCGGCGUCAGCUGACACAGAACUCCUCCCACCUCGAGCGUCUGCGUGUGGACGUGGAUGAGGCGAAGCGGCGCACCGAGACCCUGGCGCUAGAGAAGACGUCCAUGGAGCGCGAGCUGGAGGUUGGGCGUCGUGAGAGGGAGAAGGAGAAGGCGGGUGCCCGGGCAACCGACGCCAAGCUCCAGCGUGCUCUGGACGAGUCCGAGCGGCUUCGUGGUGACCUUGAGCGGGCUCGCGCCGAUGCCGACGCGGCAAGGCGUCAGACGGAGUCGCUAACCAACGAGAAUCGACGCCUGGAGCGACAAAAAGCCGAGCUUAUAUCUGGCUUCAAGAAGCAAAUGAAACUGAUUGAUGUACUUCGACGACAAAAGGUAGUAAUGUGCAACAGCGGUGUCGGCGACACUCCAACGGUGGACCACUUGUCCUCCCUGCCCCCACCUCCACACCCCCCCGGGAAGCUGGUGCGACAGGGCGCCGAGGCGCGCAUCUACGCGGUGCCCGACGGUCACCUCUCGUCGCUGCCGCAGGUGUCGUGCAUCGUGAAGGAGCGCUUCGUGAAGACGUACCGCCACCCGGCGUUGGACGCGUCGUUGUCGUUGCAGCGGAUGCGCGCUGAGGCUCGCCAACUCGUGAAGUGCCGUCAACUCGGCUUGCCGGUGCCGGCUCUACUGCUAGUCAACAUGGCACGUCGACAGCUCUGGCUGGAGGACGUUUGCACACCGCACGGGAUGUCUCUCGGUGAUUGGCUCCGUGCUCUGCUGGAUACCACAGCGGUGGAUGCUCUGGGCAAGCAGGAGCACCUCGACAGAAUGGCUCUAAAGUUGGGCCAGCUGUUAGCGAAGAUGCACGCCAACAACGUCAUCCACGGAGACCUCACCACCGCCAACAUCCUGGUGCAGAUGGAUGACCCAGAGAACAAGUUCUCCAACUAUCACCUCUACCUAAUCGAUUUUGGGCUUUCCUCGAUCAACCACCGUACCGCGGCUAACUUCCACGACGAAGAGGUGGCAGUAGACCUCUACGUCCUCGAACGAGCCUUGAUUAGUUCGCUGGCGACUAGGACCGAUGACGUCAGCGAGGAGCCAAAGUUUUCCUUCACGCCAGAGGGUUUCUUUGAGUCACUGAUUGCCGCCUAUACGGAAGCCUAUCCGUUGGAGGUCGUGCGUAGACCCUUCGAUCCAACGCGGACCAGUGAACAGGAGACUGGUAAAAAGAAGCGGCCACGUCAGGAUCCGAAAUCACGAGCACCCACCCACGAAGACGGCGUUAUGGAGGUCAAAGGAGUGCUAAAUACUCUUAAGGAGGUCGAAGCAAGGGGAAGGAAGCGCUUGAUGAUUGGCUAA